AGCUGCAGGGGCAAAGAUAGUCAAGGUGAAGAGGUUAUUAAACCAUACACCCCAACCACCUUAGAUUCUGAUGUUGGUCAUUUUGAAUUAGUUAUUAAGAUGUACCCACAAGGUAGGAUGUCUCACCAUUUCCGUGAGAUGCGUGUUGGUGAUUAUCUUGCUGUGAAGGGACCCAAGGGUCGAUUCAGGUACCAACCCGGCCAAGUUAGAGCAUUUGGGAUGAUAGCAGGAGGCUCUGGCAUUACUCCAAUGUUCCAAGUUGCUAGGGCCAUACUAGAGAACCCCAAAGACAAGACAAAGGUUCACCUCAUUUAUGCGAACGUUACAUAUGAGGACAUUCUUUUGAAGGAAGAAUUGGAUGGACUUGCUGCUCAGUACCCUGAUCGCUUCAAAUGUUAUUAUGUUUUGAAUCAGCCUCCUGAAUCCUGGGAUGGUGGUGUUGGCUUUGUUUCAAAGGAAAUGAUUCAAACCCAUUGCCCUGCUCCAGCAGCUGAUAUUCAGAUUCUGAGGUGUGGUCCACCACCCAUGAACAAAGCCAUGGCUGCUCACCUUGAAGCUCUUGGAUAUGCACCAGAGAUGCAGUUCCAGUUCUAAUCCUUUUCACGACUUCUUGAACCCUUCAUCUGGAUUGAUAUUAGUCACAUGGCACUGGACACGAAAACACCCUUUUUUCUUCUCCCCUAUAGCUUCUUUCUACAGUGCCAAAAAUAACUGUUAAACAUGGAACAUGGAGCAAUUAUUUGUAAUUUAUCUUUGCUUGACAUUUGAAAAGAUUUUUGCUAGAGUUCUAUUUUUAUCUUCUUAAA